AUGUCAAUAACCCAGGGCUUGGGCUACUUCGUAUGGAGUUGCAUAUACAAUGUUUUCUUCCACCCCCUCAGCAAAUUCCCUGGUCCCAAAUUCGCAGCCAUUUCUCGCAUCCCCUAUUCUCGCAUUCUUCUCAACGGCGUUGGUCACCGCGAGAUCUUGGACCUUCACCUCAGGUAUGGUCCCGUUGUUCGUAUAGCUCCCGACUUCCUCUCCUUCAAUCAUCCCGAUGCUGUGAACGACAUCCGUGGUCACCGCAAAGCCGGACAACCAGAGCAUCGCAAGGAUCCUUUCCGCCAGGAGAUGAAUGUGCACAACAUCAUCGGUGCCAAUCGCCACGAUCACACUCGCUUCCGGCGAGCUCUCGCAAAUGGAUUCUCUCACCAGGCCAUGCUGGACCAGGAGCCCAUCAUCAACGACUACGUCGAACAGCUCAUGGAAGCCCUUGAGAAGCAAGCUGAAGGAGGGUCAAAGCCGGUUGACAUGGUCCGAUGGUUCAACUACACUACGUUUGACGUUAUCGGCGACUUGGCGUUUGGAGAGUCAUUUGGAUGUCUGAAGAGCACCAAUUACGACCCUUGGAUCCAGCUACUGUUUGAUAGUGUUAAGGCCCUGGUUUGGAUGGGCACCAUUAAGCACUUCGAGAUGAUACCCAGGUGGGUCAUCAAGUAUAUCAUGCCCAAGGGCCUGCAGAGGAAGUAUGUCGAGAACCAGCGCCUGUCCGCCAUGAAGGUUCAGAAACGUCUCGAUACCGGAUCCGACAGACCUGACUUUAUCACUUCAAUGACUGCAAAGCGUAACGGAGAGUCUCUCACUUUCGAAGAGCUCGCAGCCAAUGCCUCCAUCCUCAUCAUCGCCGGUUCGGAGACUACCGCCACUGCUCUGUCCGCAGUAGCCUACUUCCUGAGUCUGAACCUGGAUGUUCAAGCAAAACUUGCUCAGGAAGUGCGGUCGACAUUCAAGAGCCCUCAAGAGAUUACCAUUACGAGCGUCCAGCAUCUUACGUACAUGCUUGCGGUUAUCGAUGAAGCCAUGCGUUUGUAUCCUCCUGUUGCCGCUAGUCUGCCACGGCUCAUCUCAGAGGGUGGUGCUGUUGUUGCUGGAGAAUACGUUCCGGAGGGUACCUAUGUGGAGGUUUGGCAGUGGGCUUUGUUCCGCAACCCAAACUACUGGAAGCAGCCUGAAGAGUUUAUCCCAGAACGCUGGAUUGGCGACCCCAAGUUUGCAAAUGAUAGGCGAGAGUCCUUUCAACCAUUCUCUGCCGGUCCUCGUAACUGUGUUGGCAAGAAUCUUGCUUAUUCUGAGAUGCGCCUUAUCUUGGCUCGUGUGAUCUUUCAAUAUGAUCUCAAGGCUGCUGAAGGUACAGAGGGUUGGGACUACAGGAGCCAGGCUUUCUCCCUUUGGAGCAAGGGCCCUGUGAAUGUUUACAUGACCCCGAGAAAGAUGGACUAA